AUGUCUGACGAAGAAUCCGUUUCUGCACGAUGGAAAGAGGUGGAGGAGAAAUUCGAGCAGGAAAAGUUGAAGGAGGCACUUGUUCAGAAACAGAGAUGGGAAAAAUGGCAAAUGGAAUUUAUCGAGUCGCAGCAAAGAGCUCGUGAGUUCAAGGCCUAUUGGGAACGACGUCAUCAAGACGAUAAAGACCUCUGGAGAGACAAGGAUUUUGCUGACGCGGUGUACAAAGUGAGUCGUGCAGGGUACAAGGGAGAGUACGGCCAUUAUGAGGUUCCAAAGGAAGACAAGAUCCUCAUGGAAGCACUAUACAAACAAGUUACCGUUGGAGAUUACGAUGGUGACGAAUCGGACGAAUGUGCAGAGGAAUGGAAGAAAUUGGUUGGGAAAAGCAAGGUCGAGGCUCAACGCGAAUAUAUCCACAAUGCCAACAAGAUCCUCACUCGUUAUGGUUGGAAUGCACCAGACGACUGA